CGAACUCACAAAAGUCGACUCCGCCAUUGCGGGCUUGACGAUAUCCACCAAAGAAGAAAAGGCCCCGGAUAAGCCCGAGAAGAAGACGCAAAAGCGUAACUCGUCUCAGGCUGAUGGUGUCUACAACAUCAAGGAUCUAGGUAAUCUCUGUCUGCCUUUUUAUGUUAAGAGAAUUGGUCCUCACCUUCCUGUCUUUAGAGGAAAAGAAGAUCGAAAUCACGUUACCCAUUGAGACGCAAAAGACUGGAUGGAAGUUGAAUACCUCUCCAUCCUCAAUUGAGGACAAGGAUAUCCUCAAACUGCACCUAAUAAGACCACCGGUGAAGAAGAUCGACCUACACUUCCCGCUAGGGUUGGAGGUAACAGCCCGCAACAUGAAGGGUGUAACAAUCAAGGAUGCACUGGAUGCAAUCUACAAGCAAUUCAAAAAGAAGGCCGAUGAUGAGCUAGACAAGCCCUACCUCGCUGGUUUCGAGUGGGACAAGGAAGAGUGCUGGACACGUCUGAUUGUUCACCAGACCAAGCAGGGCCCACCCCCGCCUACAAGCAACAAGAAGUCGAAGAAGAAGGCCAAGGACGAUGCAUAGAUGGUGGCUGUCUCCGGCUGUCUCGCGCUAAUGGCAUGGCGUUGCCUCUCCUUUCUCCGUCGCUUGGCGGCUUUCUCCUGAUCUGAUAUGCUUUGUCUCUCAUCUGCUUCUUCUGAGCAUUGUUUCAAUGGUUCGGGGGGUUAGAAGCAUGAAUCAAGAGGACGGGUGUUAUAUUGUGUAAUCUGGUCUUUGUUGUGUUUUUUUUUUUUCAAUCUCGGCUCUCGACUGCCUAUGUCGCCUACUUUCGUUGAUCCACUGGUUCCAAGAGAAUACAGUAUACUCUGGCACCCAGGCCAAC